UUUUGAUAUGACCCAAGUGCAAUUUAAGAGUGCACAAUGGAUCCAGCACUCGUUGCCAAAUUUAUGCCAGUGCUUCACUGGACCUCUGCACCUUCAUGCUGUUGAAGAAACUCAUAGUAGUAACCAGCAAAAAUUGUUAUUUGAAAGAGCAAAUAGGGUUGGCAUAGAGCCAUUCAUCGAGGAGCUAUUAACAACUUACUGCUUCUGAUUUACACAGAACGUCAGCAUAAAUGAGCCAGAGUCGCCAAAAGAUACUGGUGCAUCAGCUAGAGAAUAUUGAAAGAAAUCUUUUCAUUCUGAAUUGAGACCGCAUGAAGAAGUGAAAACAGUGCCUGAAUCAAGACAUCAGGCUCAAGAAGUUAUUGAAGAAAGUGAUACAGCUAGAUACAACCCAAAUAACAAUGUCUCUGAGUCUGAAGAAGUAUUAGGCAUGACUGGUGGUGACUUAAGCUACAAGACUAGGAAAGAUGUCGUCUACAAGGCAACCUUCAGAAGAAUGAGGAAGUAUUUUAUCCAGGACUUCCUUUCAACCACAGAGCUUCAUUCUCAGCAUAGAGACUAUCUGGUUUGCCUCAGAGAGUACUGUGCUAUCAAUUUCCCUCAAUAUGGCACUAGCAGAGUCUGAGAAAUCUUCGAUUGUAUCAUCAAUCCUAAAGACAAACUAGGAGUCUUUCCUGACCAAGACAUACCUCUCAAGGCCACAAUUGGCAGACUUAUGCACUGCUACUCCCAAAAACUGUUUAAGAGAAUGAACAACCAGCCUGAAUUCUUGGAGAUCUUGCUACACUUACUUGGCAUCCAAGGAGUGAACAAUCUUGUGUUUGCAGACCCCAGAGUGGCCUUUGAUCAGAGUGUGCAGGCCCACCUGCUCAGUCUGAGGGCUAGAGCAGCCUGGAUGCAGUUUUCAAGCCUCCAAUAAUAAUCUUUCCAUAAAUUUUGAAAUAUUU